UUAACAAGAACAGUUGGUCAGAAGCAGAACUACAGAAGCCACAAAGCAAGGUUAGUACAUUUAGAGACUUUCCUAGAACUAUGGAUUUUGAUGGAUUAGGUUUUUGUUUUCAGUUUGGCUGGCUGGUGUUGUCUACACGCUGAGUUUUAUAGUCUGAACGGUACUUCCAUCACGGAAUCACUCGUGCUAAAGUCUGGUGGCCUACGAAAGCCUGGGGCUCUGUUACACUAAGUCCUGAGACUUAGUGCGGGAGACUUUACUCACUAUCUCAUCCCUUCACCACCCCACUUUACAGUGAGAUCUAUUAUGUUGGUGAGCUCAGGGCCAGCAUGUGCAGCCCACACCCCUUGUCAGGUGUGGCCAGCAUUGUUCCGAUGUUUAAAAGGUCAUCACAAAUGCCUUCAUCCUGGAAUAACAUCCCUCUCGCAAACCCUUAUAGCACAUCAUAGACGCUCAGACAUCGUCACCCAAUUCUCAUCCCCCUCCCCUGCGUUCAGACACCUCCCCUCCACUCUGACCCUUUCUACUCAGCUUUCCGGCACCGUCUCCGCCAGCUCAAAACCUCGGUUCCGCUCCAAUCUUAAAUCCUCCUUGUCCAGACGCUCCACCCCCCAGCCCGCCUCCAAUCACGCAAAUCCAUCCCUCACUCAACUCAGACCUGCCCACACCUCAGGCCACACUCUCUGUGGCCCCACCCCUGCCGGGCUCCACCCACUCCCGGUUGAGGCUGGAGAAGCCUUCCUCAUCCUGGUACCGCCCUGCACACCGAGCCGGCUUCGCGCGAGCUGUUUUGUCGGCUGGCGCUCCCUGUAGGGCGGGUCGAAGGUCUCGGGGCGGAGCUGGCGUCUCUCGUGGGGCGUCUCCUUUCUCUCCCGGUUGCCGGUAUGGUUCUGACGGAAGCCGCUGGCGGGAUGGUCCUGAGCGAUGAGCCGGCUGCGACCACCGCGGCCGAGGAGGAGGAGGAGGUGGAGGAUGCUGCGCUCUCCAGCGGCGCCGCCCUGGAAGCGUUCGGCGAGAGCGCGGAGACCCGCGCGCUGCUCGGCAGCCUGCCUGCGGUGCACGGCGAGCGCGCGGCCCGGGAGGUGGCGGAGGAGCGAUUCCGGGUAAUUAUGGACAAAUACCAGGAGCAACCUCACCUCCUGGACCCACACCUUGAGUGGAUGAUGAACUCCUUGUUGGACCUGGUACAGGACGAGACAUCUCUGCCUGGCCUCGUGCAUCUGGCUUUUAAAUUUCUUUAUAUCAUCACCAAGGUUCGUGGAUAUAAAGUAUUUCUACGUCUAUUUCCUCAUGAAGUAGCUAAUGUCCAGCCUGUGUUAGACAUGUGCACAGGUCAGAAUCCUAAGGACCAUGAGACAUGGGAAACACGCUACAUGCUUUUACUGUGGCUCUCUGUGACCUGCUUGAUCCCUUUUGACUUCUCACGCCUUGAUGGGAACCUUCCCGCUCAACCUGGAGAAACACGAACACCCAUAAUGGACCGUAUUCUGCAAGUAGCACAGUCCUAUUUGGUCGUCAGUGACAAGGCUCGAGAUGCAGCUGCUGUCCUUGUUUCUAAGUUUAUCGUACGUCCUGAUGUCAAGCAGAGAAAGAUGGCCAGCUUUCUGGACUGGAGCCUGUGUACCUUGGCCCACUCCUCCUUGCAGACCAUCGAGGGUGUCAUUGUCAUGGAUGGGAUGCUGCAGGCCCUGGCUCAAAUAUUUAAGCAUGGAAAGCGUGAAGAUUGUCUACCCUAUGCCAACACGGUGCUCCAGUGCCUUGAAGGGUGCAGACUCCCCGAGAGCAACCAGACCCUGUUGCGGAAGCUUGGCGUCAAGCUUGUCCAGAGGCUGGGGCUGACCUUCCUGAAGCCAAAGGUGGCCACGUGGAGGUAUCAGCGUGGCUCUCGGUCUUUGGCUGCCAACCUGCAGCUCAGUGCCCCGGGUAAGAGUGAGCAGAAGCCGCUGUCUGAUAGCUUAACUUCUGAUGGUGAUGAAGACUACGAUGUCCCAGAGGGGGUGGAGAGCGUGAUAGAGCAGCUACUCACUGGACUGAAGGACAAGGACACUGUGGUGCGGUGGUCUGCAGCCAAAGGGAUUGGUAGAAUGGCUGGAAGGCUUCCCAGAGAGCUGGCAGAUGAUGUGGUGGGGUCUGUGUUGGACUGCUUCAGUUUUCAGGAGACGGAUAAGGCAUGGCAUGGUGGAUGUCUGGCAUUGGCGGAACUGGGGAGACGAGGCCUGCUGCUGCCAUCGAGACUCUCAGAGGUUGUCACAGUGAUCCUGAAGGCGCUGACCUACGACGAGAAGAGGGGUGCCUGCAGCGUGGGCGCCAACGUCAGGGAUGCCGCCUGCUAUGUGUGCUGGGCUUUUGCACGUGCCUAUGAGCCUCAGGAGUUGACUCCUUUCGUGACUGCCAUUUCCAGUGCGCUGGUCAUUACCGCCAUCUUUGACCGAAACGUGAACUGCAGAAGAGCAGCCUCAGCUGCCUUCCAGGAGAACGUGGGGAGACAGGGUACUUUCCCUCAUGGAAUCGAUAUUUUGACAGCAGCAGACUACUUUGCAGUUGGUAACAUAUCUAACUGUUUCCUUGUGAUAAGUGUGUUUAUUGCUGGCUUCCAAGAAUACACCAAGCCGAUGAUUGACCACUUGGUCUCCAUGAAAAUCAACCAUUGGGAUGGGGCCAUCCGAGAACUGUCUGCAAAAGCGCUGCACCACCUGACCCCACAAGUGCCUGAGUACAUGGCCUCUCAUGUCUUCCCGGCACUACUGUUGAUGACACUGAGCUCAGAUCUACACAGCAGACAUGGUGCCAUCCUCUCCUGCGCAGAGGUCACCUAUGCCCUGUACAAGCUGGCUUCACAGAGCAACAGGCCCGUCACAGACUAUCUGGAUGAGAAGGCACAGCAGAGCCUGAAGCAGAUCCACCAGCAGCUUUAUGAUCGGCAUCUCUAUAGGGGCCUGGGAGGAGAGCUCAUGAGACAAGCAGUGUGCAUUUUAAUAAAGAACUUGUCACUUUCCAGAAUGCCUUUUAAAGGUGACACCGUUAUCGAUGGUUGGCAGUGGCUGAUAAAUGACACUCUUAGAAGUCUUCACCUUGUUUCAAGCCAUUCCCGACAGCAGAUCAAGGAGGCAGCUGUCUCGGCCCUGGCCGCCCUCUGCAAUGAAUACUACAUGAAGGAGUCUGGGGAGGCAGACUUUACCAUUGGGAGGGAACUGAUUCCACAGUACCUUGCUGAGCUCCAGAGCCCAGAGGAGAUGACCCGCUGUGGCUUCUCCUCAGCCUUGGGUGCCCUCCCGGGUUUUCUUCUCAGGGGCCAUCUGCAGCAGGUUCUCACAGGUCUGAGAGCAGUCACCCGUACUUCUCCCAAGGAUGUGAGCUUUGCUGAGGCCAGGAGAGAUGGUUUGAAGGCAAUCUCAAGAAUUUGCCAGACGAUUGGCGUGAAAGCAGAGGGACCUCCAGAUGAAGUCAUGUGCAGAGAGAACAUUUCUGAGGUUUACAACGCAUUGCUGGACUGCAUGAACGAUUAUACCACAGACAGCAGAGGAGAUGUGGGAGCCUGGGUCCGGGAAGCUGCCAUGACAAGCCUCAUGGACUUGAUACUUCUGCUGGUGCGGACAGAGCCGCAGCUGAUUGAGGCCCACGUCUGUGAGCGCGUCAUGUGUUGCGUUGCCCAGCAGGCAAGCGAGAAGAUUGAUCGGUUCCGUGCCCACGCCGCCCAGGUGUUCCUGACUCUGUUGCACUUCGACAGCCCCCCCAUUCCCCAUGUUCCCCACCGCAGAGAACUGGAAAGCCUGUUCCCCAGGUCUGACAUGGCCUCUGUGAACUGGAAUGCACCUUCCCAGGCCUUCCCUCUCAUCACCCAGCUCUUGGAACUGCCCACCUACAGAUACCAUGUCCUGUUGGGGCUGGCCGUGUCUGUUGGUGGUUUGACAGCGUCUACGGUCAGGUAUUCUACACAGAGCCUCUUUGAGUACAUGAAGAGGAUUCAGAAGGAUGCUCAACUCCUGGAGAGCUUCAGUGGGACCCUCCUGAAGGUCUUUGAGGACAACCUCCUGAAUGACAGGGUGUCUGUAUCACUGCUGAAAAUGCUGGACCAGCUGCUGUCUAAUGGGUGUUUCGACAUCUUUACUGCUGAGGAGAACCACCCCUUUUGUGUGAAGUUGCUCACACUUUGUAAGGAAGAAAUCAGGAAGUCCAAAGACGUCCAGAAGCUUCAGUCAAGCAUUGCAGUGCUCUGUGGGAUGGUGCAGUUCAAUGGUGAUGUCCGACAGAAGGUCCUUCUGCAGCUGUUCAUCCUCCUUGGCCACCCUUUCCCUGUGAUCCGGAAGGCCACAGCAAGCCAGCUGUACGAGAUGGUGCUCACCUAUAGUGACUUGGUAGAUGCAGACGUGCUUGAUGAGGUCAUGUCUGUGCUCAGUGACACAGUCUGGGACGCAGAGCUUCCAGUUGUAAGAGGGCAGCGGAAUCACCUGUGUGACCUCCUUGGCGUGCCCAGACCCCAGCUGGCUACAAAGUCUGCUCCUGGAAGCUGAGCCACUGCCUGCCUAGCUGGGAUGCCCUGCCCUGAGGCUCUACAAGCUUUACCAUCAUGGAAACUUGGUGCCACACACCUGAGAAAGGGGGCACAUGCUGCUAGCUGGACUGGGAGGCCAUCCACAGAGAGCAGUAGCUCUUCAUGCAUGCUGUCCUCUGGUGGCCUGGUCUGCCCGUACUUCUGCUGUCCUAACACCAUGUGCUUCCCAUUAAAUCAUGUCCCAUACA